GACCACUCGACGCACGCCAGUUCGAAAGCUGUGCGUUAAGCCCACUCAGUUCCGUCACUCGACCCCGAACCCAAGGUAGACGGUUCUAAAGGACGCGCCAUCCCGGAGCAGCGCCGUCAUUCCUUCGCGAGGAAAACGUUCCAACAGACGCAAACAACGACGCACCAAAGGAAGCACCGAGAUGCCGGCCCGCUUCGAGGAAGUGCCCGCUACUGACACCCGCCGCCAUGGUGUCCCCAUGGAUCUGGCCGGGGAACACUAUGCCGACGGUGGCCCGCGACCCACCAUCCGGGAUGACAUCUGCAUCACAGGCUUCUCCGGCCGGCUGCCCGAGAGCUCCAACAUCGACGAGUUUAAGCGCAACCUGCUGGAGGGCGUGGACAUGGUGAACGAUGACGAUCGCCGCUGGCCCGCCGGCCUGUACGAUCUGCCCACGCGCAUCGGCAAAAUUAAGGACGAGGAUCUGCAGCAUCUGGACGCGGAGUUCUUCAAAAUCCACCAGAAGCAGGCGGAAUGCAUGGACCCGCAGCUGCGCAUGCUGCUGGAGUGCACUCAUGAGGCGAUCAUUGAUGCUGGCAUCAAUCCGCAGGAAAUUCGUGGCAGCCGCACCGGCGUAUACAUUGGCUGCUCCAACUCGGAAACCGAACAGCACUGGUGUGCCGACCCGGACCUGGUCAAUGGCUACGGUCUGACCGGUUGUGCGCGAGCCAUGUUCGCCAACCGCAUCUCGUACACGUUCGACUUCAAGGGUCCGAGCUACGCGGUCGAUACGGCCUGCUCGAGUUCGCUGUUUGCGCUGUCGCAGGCGUUCGCCGACAUGAAGGCGGGUCACUGCGACGCGGCGAUCGUGGCCGGGUGCGGGAUCAUCCUGAAGCCCACCAUGUCGCUGCAGUUCAAGCGGCUGAACAUGUUGAGCAAGGACGGUAUGUGCAAGGCGUUCGAUGAGUCCGGCAAUGGGUAUGUCCGCUCUGAUGGCUGUGUGGUGACGUUCCUGCAGCGUGCCACCGACUCGCGGCGUAUCUACGCGAGCGUACUGAACGUGCGUACCAACACGGACGGCUUCAAGGAGCAGGGCAUCACGUAUCCGAUCGGUGAGAUGCAGAAGCGACUGAUUCGCGAGACGUACGACGAGAUCGGGCUCAAUCCGGCCGACGUAGCGUACGUGGAGGCGCACGGCACCGGCACGAAGGUGGGCGACCCGCAGGAGGUGAAUGCCAUCACGGACUUCUUCUGCAAGGACCGCAAGACGCCGCUCCUGAUCGGCUCGGUAAAGUCCAACAUGGGCCACUCGGAGCCGGCUUCGGGCGUGUGUUCGAUCGCGAAGAUCUUGAUUGCGAUGGAGGAGGGCGUUAUUCCCGGAAACCUGCACUACAAGAACCCCAAUCCGGAUCUGUACGGGCUGCUCGAUGGCCGGCUGAAGGUGGUCGAUCGUAAUCUACCGUGGAACGGUGGUAUCAUUGGGCUGAACUCGUUCGGGUUCGGUGGCGCAAAUGCGCACGUCAUCCUCAAGUCGAACCCGAAGCCCAAACCGAUCAGUCCGCGGGAUGGUGGGUUCCCGAAGCUCAUGAUCGCUUCCGGACGUACCGACGAGGCGGUUGAAGCGUUCCUGGAUCAAGCCGCCACCAGCAAGGACGAUGAAGAGUUUGUGGGGCUGGUGAAUGAGAUCCACAGCCGGAACAUCCCGCUGCACGUCCACCGGGGUUACACGGUUGUGGCCGGAGGGGAGAACCAAUCGAUCGUGCGCGAAGUGCAGGAGGUGGGCACUGACGACAAGCGUCCCAUUUGGUUCAUCUACUCCGGUAUGGGCUCGCAGUGGGCCAGCAUGGCCCGUGACCUGAUGCAGCUGGAAGUGUUCCACAACAGCAUCUACCGGUGCGCGGAAGCCUUGCGUCCGGAAGGGGUCGACUUGAUCGACGUGCUCACGAAGAGCGACGAGUCCAAGUUUGACAACAUCCUCAAUUCGUUCAUCUCGAUCGCGGCCGUCCAGGUGGCACUUACCGACGUCCUCACGCAUUUGGGCAUCACGCCCGACGGCAUGGUUGGACACUCGGUCGGUGAGCUUGGUUGCGCGUAUGCGGACGGAUGUUUCACGCCCGAACAAACGGUGCUGGCCGCUUACUGGCGAGGUCGGAGCAUUCUCGACACCGAUCUGAUUGCCGGCCAGAUGGCGGCGGUGGGUCUUUCGUGGGAGGACUGCAAACAGAAGCUUCCAAAAGACGUCAUUCCGGCGUGUCACAACAGUAACGACAGUGUUACGAUUUCCGGCCCGGUCGCCUCCGUCGGAAAGGUCAUUGCUGACCUGAACGCACAGGGAAUCUUCGCGAAGGGCGUAAAAUCGUCCGGCAUUGCGUUCCACAGUCGGUACAUUGCCGACGCCGCACCGAAGUUGCGCAAAUCGUUGGACAAAAUCAUCCCGAACCCGAAGAACCGUACGCCGCGUUGGAUCAGCACAAGCAUCCCGGAAGAAUCGUGGCCCACGCCGUUGGCGCAACAGUCCUCGUCGGCGUACCACGUGAACAACCUGCUGUCGCCGGUCCUCUUUGCCGAGGGUCUGAAGCACGUUCCGGCCAACGCGAUUUGCAUCGAAAUUGCACCGCACGGUCUUCUGCAGGCGAUCUUGAAGCGAGCGCUCGGCAAGGACGCCACCAAUCUGAGUCUGAUGAAGCGUGAUCAUGCGAAUAACUUGAUCUUCCUGUUGAGCAACAUUGGCAAAUUGUAUGCUGCCGGUGCUCAACCGCAGGUGCAGAAGCUGUACCGACCGAUCACGUAUCCGGUGGGCCGUGGAACACCAAUGCUGAACUCGCUGGUCAAGUGGGACCAUUCGAUCAAGUGGUUCCUUGCUCGCAUCGGCGUAGAGAAUAAGUCUGGUGAAACAAUCAUCGACAUUAACCUGGGCAAGGACGACGACGCAUACCUGGCCGGUCACACGAUCGACGGGCGUGUGUUGUUCCCUGCGACCGGCUAUCUGACCCUAGCGUGGCGCACGUUCGCCAAAAUGCGUGGUGCCGACCUGGAAAAGACGCCUGUCGUGAUCGAGAAUGCCGUUUUCCACCGGGCUACCAUUCUACCGAAGGACGGUUCGGUGAAAUUUGGCAUCAAUUUCUUCGACGGAACGGGUGCGUUCGAGAUCUGCGAGGGAGGAACGCUGGCCGUCUCGGGCAAGCUGACCAUCCCGGAGAAGAUCGAGCUGGAGGAGUUGCCGCUCAACAAGCUCGAGGCAGAUCGGUCCGGUUUGCCGUUGAACACGAGCGACGUUUACAAGGAGUUGCGUCUGCGGGGCUACGAUUACGGUGGUCUGUUCCGUGGUGUGACACGUAGCGACUCGCGGGCUACCACGGGUGAGCUGCAGUGGCGCGACAACUGGGUCAGCUUCAUGGACACGAUGCUGCAGUUUAGCAUCCUCGGUAAGGACCUGCGGGAACUGUACCUGCCGACGCGCAUCGAGCGGAUCGUCAUCAACCCGGCGCGCCACAUGGAUCUGGUGAACAGUUUGGGAUCGGAGGAUCGCACCGUACCGGUGUACAUGUACCGAGACAUUAACGUCAUCAAGAGUGGCGGUGUGGAGAUGCGAGGACUGCGGGCAACGCUGGCCCCUCGUCGCCAGGGCACCCAGGCAGCACCGACGCUCGAGAAGUACGUGUUUGUGCCGAACUGCAACGAGAAGGAACUGGCCGAGUGUAACGGUGAAAAGGCACGCCUUCGUUCGAUCACGGCCGCCAUCCAUCUGGUGCUGGAGAACAGUGCCGGCGCACUGAAGAUAAAGGUGGCCGAGGCGAGCUUCGAGCGUUCACCGGAGAACACCAUGGCCGGCACGGUGCAGGCCAUCAUCGAGGGUGAGCCGACGUUGGCGAGUGAUGUCGCGAUUGCCACCACGCACCAACCGGACAGUCUGGUGCAGCAUUACGGGGAAUCGGGUGUGCGUGUGAUCAACAAGGACGCGGCCACGGGUCCGAUCGAGCAGAACUGCCAUCUCGCCAUCGGGUACGACGUUUUUGGACGGGCCGAUCCGAAUGCGAUUUUGCGCAACCUUCGCGAAACCAUCAAGGCGGACGGGUUCGUACUGCUGGAGGAAUCACGCGGCGGGUUCGAUGCUAAGUCGUCCCGUGUGGCCUUCGAGCGGGCCGGUUUUACGCUCAUCAGCUCGCAGGUGUGCGACAAGAAGGUGUUUGUGUUGCUUCGCCCGACGCUGACGGAACUGGCUCAACGCAAGAGCACUAUCGUGACGAUCAGCGAGCGUAACUUUGGUUGGUUGGACACUCUGAAGACCGCGUUGGCUAAGGCGGAAGAAACCUCCACCUACGUGUACGUCGUGUGCCAGGGCGAGGAACUGUGCGGUGCCCAGGGACUGAUGAACUGUAUCAAGAACGAAGCUGGUGGACGGUUCGCACGGAUGUACUUCAUCCAGAGCCCAAGCGCGGACAAGUUUAACCCGAGCGGACCACUCUACAAGGAACAGCUGGCGAAGGAUCUUAUCUGUAACGUGCUACGCUCGGCGAACGGUGGUGGACCGUCCGGUGUUUGGGGAACGUUCCGUCAUCUCCGACUGGACAGUCAAUCGAAUGCGCCCUCGCUUCCGGUGGAGCACGCGUACAUCAACGCACUGACCAAGGGUGAUCUGGCGAGCUUGAAGUGGAUCGAGAGUUCCCUAUCGCGCGAACAGCAGCGCCCGGACACUGCCGCGGCCAAAAACGACCGUACGGAGUUGUGUACGGUAUAUUACGCGCCGAUUAACUUCCGCGACGUGAUGCUCAGCUCGGGCAAGCUCGGUGCUGAUGCGCUGCCCGGCGAUUUGGCGACGCAGGAUUGCAUCCUGGGGCUAGAGUUUGCCGGUCGCGAUUCGUCCGGUCGGCGCAUUAUGGCGAUGGUGCAGGCCAAGUCACUGGCCACCACCUGUGUGGCGCAGCGUAACAUGAUCUGGCAGAUUCCGGACGAUUGGACGAUGGAGCAGGCCUCGACGGUGCCGUGCGUGUACUCGACCGUCUACUACGCGCUGGUGAUGCGCGGACGCAUGAAGCGCGGCGAGUCGAUCCUGAUCCACGCUGGCUCCGGUGGCGUUGGACAGGCGGCCAUUUCGGUGGCGCUAGCGGCCGGUGUGACCGUCUACACGACGGUCGGCUCGAAGGAAAAGCGUGACUUCCUGAAGCGCACCUUCCCGCAGCUGACCGAUCGGAACAUUGGCAAUUCGCGCGACUGCUCGUUCGAGCAGCUGGUGAUGCGCGAGACGCAGGGUCGUGGCGUCGAUCUGGUGCUGAACUCGCUCGCCGAGGAAAAGCUGCAGGCGUCGAUCCGAUGCCUCGGGCUGAACGGGCGCUUCCUGGAGAUUGGCAAGUUCGAUCUGAACAACAACAGCCCGCUCGGCAUGUCGGUGUUCCUGAAGAACACCUCCUUCCACGGCAUCCUGCUGGACAGCGUGAUGGAGGGCGACGAUGAGACGAUCGCGGAAGUGGUGCGCCUCGUUGCGGACGGUAUCAAGAGCGGUGCCGUGCGGCCGCUCCCGACGAGCGUGUUCACCGAGCAGCAGGUGGAGCAGGCGUUCCGCUUUAUGGCAUCGGGCAAGCACAUCGGCAAGGUGGUGGUGCGCGUGCGCGAGGAAGAGAAGGCGAAGGUGGUCCGACCGGUGCCGAAACUGAUCAACGCCAUCCCGCGCACCUACAUGCACGUGGAAAAGGUGUACAUCCUGGUCGGUGGGCUCGGUGGGUUCGGGUUGGAGCUGGCCAACUGGCUGGUGUCGCGUGGUGCCAAGCGUAUCGUGCUGACGUCGCGCAGUGGGGUCCGUUCCGGCUACCAAUCGCUCAUGAUCCGCCGCUGGGCGGAGCGUGGCGUGCAGGUCACAAUCGACACGAACGACGUGACAACGUUGAAGGGCGCCCAGAAGCUGCUUACGGACGCCGCACGCCUUGGUCCGGUUGGCGGUGUGUUCAACCUUGCCGCCGUCCUGCGCGACGGCCUGCUGGAGAACGCAACCGAGGCCGACUUCAAGGCGGUUUGCGUGCCAAAGGUUGAUGGUACGAAAAAUCUCGAUGCGGCCACCCGCGAACUGUGUCCCGAUCUGGACUAUUUCGUUUGCUUUUCGAGUGUGUCCUGCGGUCGUGGUAACAUCGGUCAGGUGAACUAUGGGUUGGCCAACUCGGCGAUGGAGCGGAUCUGCGAGGCACGGCAUGCCGUCGGACUGCCGGCCACUGCCAUCCAGUGGGGCGCCAUCGGUGACACCGGGUUGGUGCUGGAGAAUCUCGGUGACAACGACACGGUCGUCGGUGGUACGCUGCCGCAGCGUAUGCCAUCCUGUCUGCAGACGAUGGACUUCUUCCUGCAGCAGCCCUGCCCGGUGCUGGCCUCGAUGGUGAUCGCCGAAAAGCGCAAGACGGAAACGGGUGGCGUGAGUCUGGUGAGCUGCAUCGCGAACAUUCUCGGCCUAAAGGACACCAAGAACGUGUCGGACGGUGCGACGCUGGCCGAUCUCGGCAUGGACUCGCUGAUGGGUGCCGAAAUUAAGCAAACUCUCGAGCGCAGCUUCGAUCUGGUGCUGAGUGCGGCCGAGAUUCGUCUCCUAACGUUUGGCAAGUUGCGUUCGUUCGAAAAGGGAGGUGCGGCUGACGCGGUUACGGGCGGUGCACCUGCCGCCGGCACGGGUGGUUCGGGAGAUGCGGCGGACGGUGAUGCGGCGAAGCGUGCCCUGGCGGAAAGUGCCAUCGGCGAUGGUACGCAGGUGAAGUUUAGCGCGGACCUUAUGCCCAAGGAGUGCCUGGUACGCUUGGAGUCGGCCGCAACCGGAGCAACCGGUGGCAAAGUACGGCCCGUUUUUGUCGUGCACGCCAUCGAGGGUGUAAUUACGGCGCUUAUCCCACUCGCCGCCGUCCUGCCAGUGCCCGUGUACGGUCUACAGUGCGUCGAGGGAGCCCCACUGGAGUCGCUCGAAGCGUUGGCCGCGUUCUACAUCAAGCAGAUCCGAACGGUACAGCCGCGCGGUCCGUACACCGUCGUGGGCUACUCGUUCGGUGCGUCCAUCGCGUACGAAAUGGUGGCCCAGUUGGAGAAGGCCGGUGAUGCCUGCAGUUUGCUGAUGCUGGACGGAUCGCCUCGGUACGUGAGCUGGUACACGGAGGCGCAGAAACAGCGCAACGCCAACGGUGAGGUCGUGCAGGCGGUCGACGAAGCGUACGCGCUGGCGUACUUUGCGAUGGUGUGCGGCCGGCUCGACUACGGUAAGACGGCGCACGAGCUGGUGACGGCGAAAACGUGGGAAGAGCGGGUGGCCAGGUGCGCCGAGAUGGUGCACGCCAAGGUGCCUCAAUACUCGAAGAAAUUGCUUGAAACGACCGCCAAAUCGUUCGUCGGUAAAAUUGUCGCAAGCCAUAUGUACAAACCGUCGUCCAAGAUCAACGCCACGGUGAAGCUGGUGAAGCCGACCGAAAACUACGCCAAACUUCAGGGAGACUACGGACUGUCGGAUCUCUGCAAUCAAAAGGUCGAAAUCUUUACCGUGAAGGGCGACCAUCGAUCGAUGCUGGCCGGGGACUCGAUGAAACAGAUUGCCACCGUGCUGCAGCAGCUGCUUUAAGCUCCUAGCCACGAACCACGGACAAACCACCACCACCACCACCACCACCAUUCUCCAAAACUCAUUCUAAUUAUCUUCCCAAAACACACACUGCGCCUAAUAUAUGAGUGUGGAUUCUCGUGAUUUAUAUAUAUAUGGGGUGUGAAGUGUUUUCUCCUCACGGCGAACGGUUAAUUUAUUACACAAUAUUUUCGUCCACCCGAGGGUAGAUGGACAAACGGACGUGAGAGAGAAUUCCUACAAUCCUAUGUCCAGUGAUCAAAUAUUUCCAAGUGAUGCGAUUGGAAUUUUGGAAGAAAACGGACGGAAACGAACGUGGUCGGAAAGGACUGACAAAGUCGUUCUUCUAAGUAGGCGAUUCUUAAAACACUCAAACAAGCACGCAUACAAUUUCUCUCUUAGUAUAGUUUAGUGUAGCAAACUCAUGCCCCCAGUCUCGCGGCUUGUGCGUAGUCCAUGGCGUUUUUGUUUUCUUGUAAAUAUACAAAGGAGGGAGAAGAACGGAGA